AUGCUGUGGAUCUGCGAAUCGCCAGGCAGACAUCAUUCAGGAGUGGCUUGGCAAGCAAGCUCAGUGUCAAGAUAUCGGGAUCCAGCGCACAACCGGCGCUUGAACUUUCUAGGCCAGCAUUGUGCGGAGGAGCUCAUCGAGCGGUCCCACAGUGAGGUUCGGCAGGAACAGGCCCUCGUGGAGUCAGCGCAGAGACAGCUGGUAAUCAUCGAGUGGGAUGAGAAGCGGCGCACCACUUUUCCAGGUCUUCUUCCCCCGGAGCCGAAGAAGCCUCUUCGCCCGGCGCCCUGGGAACAGCCGAAGCCCCGGCGCAGCUCCACCGAGACGCAGGCUGCGCCGCCCAUGGAAACCAUAGAGGAGCCCUUCGAGGACCCCGACGCCCUGGAUCCCGGGGAGGCGCCGGAGCAGCCCAAACCAGCACCCAGGUCGCCCGAGCGAAGGGCCAGCACAGAGCCAACAUAA